GCGCCGGGCCCGGGCCCGGCUCGGGCUCCCACACCCACCCUGGGACCGCAGCGCCCCGGGCCCGGACCCCCGGGCUCCCACACCCACCCCGGGACCGCAGCGCCCCGGGCCUCGGCCCCCCGGGCUCCCACACCCACCCCGGGACUGCAGCGCCCCGGGCCCCGGCCGCCGCCGCGCCGGUCCGCGGGGGAGAAGCAGCCACCGGCCCGGGAGCGCCAAGCGGGACAAUGGAGGAGGAAAAGGAAGAAGCUGGCAGUGAGGAAAAAGAUCACAUCCCCCCAGAAGAUGAGAGAAGCAGCACAGAGGACUGUCUUCCAGAGGACAGGGAAAAAGAGAAAGAAAGCAAGCAUGUCAUCAAAAAUAUCCCAUGGACCACAGCCAAGAACUUCACAGUGGAGAAAGGACAGCAGCAAAUUGAAGAACUAAUUUCUACAUGGGACAUUCAUGAAAGCUGGCUUCACCACUCAGAAUUUCUCGAGGAAGAAGAACUGAAGGACAGCAAGAGGUACCAUUACAGAGCUUGCUGGGGCCUCCCAACACGCAGAAAACCCAUCCCACGAGCAACGGCGAGUGUCUACUUUGUUAUAGUGAUCUCCAAACUCAAACCUGACACUGCACCUGUGGAGGUGUUCUACAGACUGGAGUCCAGCAGGCUGAUUCGCAGGCCAGAACAGUGUGAAUUUAGAGAAAAGUGGCUUCAGGACAUAAUUGAAAAUAAAAUACUGUGUGCAGAAAGACUUGCUUCCCGAUGAGCAGCUCCAAUACACCAUUACCAGGCCUCUGUUGUGGAGAACCAAAUAAACAUGAUGGGAAGAAAAAAACCCUCUUCCUUAGCAGCAUUUCUACUUUGUGGAUAGAUAAGAAGCAUUGAACCUGUGCAAAAUGAGCUAUGCCCUGCCAUGGCAGCUGGCUGUGUGUGACAGUCCCUGGCAGGCACAGGUGGGGACAGCAGGAUGGAACCAGGUUCCAGAGUGUGAAUGGGAAGAGGUAGCUGGGCAGGAUUUGCUGUUUGUGAAUGCCAGGUCCAUGGAACUCCAGGGAAAACAUUAUAGGACUUUAGGACUUUUAUUUUCUUGAUACAAAUAUACAAGACAUCUCUGUUGCUAGACUUAGAGGAAAAAAAAUAAAUUAGGAGAACGAGAAAGAAACAACCCAUCUCUCAAAACCAUUUUGGUUUAAAAACAUUUGAGA